CGGAGGUCCGGCAGACAAAGCAAGCGGAGGGAGCGCUGCUACAUUGAUCUGCUACAUUGUUCUGCUACAUCGGUGUUACUGUACGAGUCGUGUUUCGUGUGUGUGCUGCUCCUCCACCCCAAGUAGUGUGAACAAGUUCCCAAAAAGACCGCUGAGCCUCGCCGAUCUGAAUGACCCAUCAGCGCUGAAGUGUCACUCGCCUCGCCAUGAAGUCCGCGUGCCUCAUCCUGCUCGCGCUCGCGGUGUGCGACCUGAACGUGAAUCAGGGCCAGAAGAUUCUGGGGGAGGAGGAGGACGGAGGAGCGCUGAGGAGAGCCGAGAGCCUCCUGCUGAGGUCCAUACUGAAGGAGAUGGGGGACGCCGACACUGACCAUGACCAAGCCUUCCUACAGGAAUGGAUCUCUAAAAGGCAGCACCCAGGCAAAAGAUAUGAAGAUGACAUUGAAAAGCGGCAGCAUCCAGGGAAACGAGAGGAAGAGGAGGACAUGGAUUACUCUGAUCUCCAGAAAAGACAGCACCCAGGAAAACGAGAAGAUGGGGUUGAACUGCAGAGGAGGCAGCAUCCUGGUAAGCGCUCGGUUCUGGAGCUGUUGACGGACAGUCCUAGCGCCCAGGUCCCGUACGUGGGUGACCUCUCUAAAAGGCAGCACCCAGGUAAACGUUAUCUGGUGUACAACAAACGCCAGCAUCCAGGUAGGAGAGCGCUGGAGGAUGAGGUGGACACCGCCAUCGACCAGGUAGAGGUGGAGAAACGGCAGCACCCUGGAAAGAGAUACUGGGAGAACACAGAUCCCAAUCUGGGUCCUGACAACCCUUGUGAUGUCCAGGACCCCACAGGCUGUAGCAAAGCGAUGGUUCUGCUGGAGAUGCUGGACAACGUGAGCAGGAACCGAGCUGAGGAGAAGAGGCAGCAUCCUGGCAGAAGGGAUGCAAGGGAGACCUUCACCUUGGAAGAUCUAACAGAAAAAGAGUGAACACACAGGGAUCCAAUAGUUUACACCGAUGCAAAGAACGAACAGUGUAAACCACACAUAGAAGUCUAUUUAGUCUAUUUCGUUAUUAAAUACAGUAAGCUUUUAAUUACCCUUU